AUGCACUGGCAAGACUUUACAGCCCGGCUACGGCUAUGGCCACAGCGAAGCCCGGCCCGGCCGCCUUCCAUAGGAGCCUCCGAGUCUCGGACCCAAAAGCAUCCGGCUGCAGCCAUCGCGGCCGACUACCAGGCCGAUGAGCAACCAUUUGAUGCGGGCGACGCAGGCGAGCUGUCGCUUGAAGAAUCGGCGCACGGUGGCAUGGGUCGACAUCUGGGCCUCUUUUCGACGACCUUUUUGAUUGUCGGUCGCAUCAUCGGCACCGGCAUCUUCUCGACGCCCUCGUCCAUCACACAGGGCGUCGGCAGCGUCGGUGCGGCCCUGAUGCUCUGGGUUCUCGGCCUCGUCCUCUCCUACUGCGGCCUCCUGGUCUGGCUCGAGUUUGGCUGCAUGUAUCCGCGCAGCGGCGGCGAAAAAAACUACCUCGAGGCCGUCUACCGCCGCCCGCGCUAUCUGUCCACCGUCAUCUUUGCUGUGCAGGCCAUCGCCCUGGGCUUCACAGCCUCUGGCUGCAUUGUCUUCGCCUCCAAUCUUGUCAUUGCUGCCGGCCGCAGUCCGGGCGAGUGGGAGAAGCGCGGCAUCGCCAUCGCCGUCAUUGUCUUUGUCACGCUCAUCCACACGCUCGUGCCCAAGCUCGGCGUCGUCCUGAUGAACGUGAUCGGCUCCGUCAAGAUUAUCAUCCUACUCUUCAUCAUCGUCACCGGCUGGGUCGUGCUGGCCGGCGGCGUCAAGGCCGUUCCUGAUCCGCACGCCAGCUUCCGCAACGCCUUUGCCAACAGCGCUACGUCGGGCAACCUGUAUGCCUCCGCGCUCUUCAAGGUUCUGAACUCGUACGCCGGCUGGUCCAAUGCCGCGUACGUCCUCAACGAGGUCAAGCGCCCUGUGCGCACCCUCAAGAUCGCCGGACCCCUUGGCCUCGGCAUCUGCGGCGUGCUCUACCUCCUCGCCAACGUCGCCUACUUCUCCGCCGCCACGCCCACCGAGAUCGCCCACAGCGGCACCACCGUCGCCUCGUACUUUGUCGGCAAGGUCUUUGGCAGCACGGCCAAGCGCGUGCUCAGCGUCUUUGUCGCCAUUUCCGCCCUCGGCAACGUCCUCACUAUCACCUUUGCGCAGGCCCGCGUCAACCAGGAGCUGGCCAAGGAGGGCGUCAUGCCCUUCCAACGCUUCUGGGCCAGCACAUGGCCCGCCGGUUCUCCUUCUGCCGGUUUGUUGCUGCACUUCAUCCCCAGCUUCAUCGUCAUCGUCGCCAUCCCCUUUGGUGACGCCUUCAACUUUAUCGUCGACGUCGAGGGCUAUCCGUCCAGCAUCAUCGCUGCCUUUGUCGCCGUUGGACUCUUCAUCCAUCGCUGGCGCCAUCCCGAUAUGCCUCGGCCGUUUCGCGUCUGGAUCUCCGUCGCCGUCUUCUUUCUCGCCGGCCAGGCCUUUUUGCUGGUCGCCCCCUUUUUGACUCCCCCGGGCGGCAAGGGCGACACCAGCCUUCCGUACUGGCUCUAUCCCAUCAUCGGCAUCGUCGUGCUCAGCCUAGGCGCCGUCUACUGGCUUGUAUGGCGCAAAGUUCUGCCGUCGCUAGGUAAAUACGACUUGGAGCAGGUCAAAGUCGAGCUGGCCGACGGCACCAUCGUGACUACAUUCAAGCGCAUCAAGAAACUGUGA